CGUGUUUGGACUUAGGCCCCCAGCUUCCACCCUAGGCUGUGUCUGAAUCCAGCCGGCACCCAGGGGUGUGGCCAGUGCUGCGGUGUGGGCUUAACUCGGGUUCGCUAACCUCCCCCUGCCCCUGAAACCCCAGGCUUGACCCCUGAGUUAAAAACCAAGCUGCUGCGUCGUUGCUGGUGUCCCAGCCCAGCAUGGAGGAGGGGCUGAUUCCUGCAGUGUAGACGUGCCCUGAGCUGCGUGGCCUUUCCCAUCCCCCCCAUUGCUCCCUUCCCCCAUGGCAGGGUCCCUCAUUCCCCCCCACACACACACCAGGGGCUCUGUGUGUCCCCACUCUCCCUGCCCCCUAUACUGGGGUCCCUCAAUCUCCCCCAUGCCAGAGGCUCUGUGCAUCUCCAAUUUUCCUCCCGCAUGCCAGUGGUUCUGUGUGCACCCCGAUUCCCUUCUUACCCCCAUACCAGGGCACCCCAUUCUCUCUCCGUUCCGCCUUUUCCCAUGCCAGGGCCCCCAAUCUCCCCCCAUGCGCGUGGCUCUGUGUGCCUCCCCCCACCCCAUUGCCUCUUUCCUCCAAGACAGGCAGGUCACAUCUUUGCUGUGCCUACCUGGGGAAAGCUUCCUGAACGGGGACCCUCCUAUUUCAGCAGCAGGUCAUGUCUACACUAGGCAAAGCGCUGCUGCUUUGGAUGCAUCUUUUCUGGCAAAGCCCCACCUUAUACCGCUACAGUACGCUCCCGAUUAUCCAAAACACCUGGGGGACCCGGAAUGUAUUUGGGCACGUCGGAGGCAUGAAGGAAACCAUCCAGGCCAGGAAGCUGUGGGGCCUUGGCCUCCGUGAGGCCCACAAACGGGAGAGGCUGCGCCUGGCAUCCCGGGACUGGGAGGAGCCCGCCCCCCCGGCCCCCAAGCAUGGUGGCUGCUUCGAAGGCGGGCGCCGGCUGGCCUACACCAAAGAGCAACCCCCGGGCUUCGUGAGCGAGGAGGAAGGCCCCGCCGGCGACUGGGACUUGCCUCGUGUCUCGGGCUGGGCCCGGAGCAAAACCACUGGGGAGAAGGUGGCCAGCAGUGGUGGCCCAGACUGGCCGUUCGCCGGCGGGGCCGAGGGGCGGCCGCCGCUCCCAGGUGCCACCAGGCGGCGCUGCCAGCUGCGGCGGCGCCAGCGGGCCCGGCGGGCUCUCCGCAUGCUGCUGUACUCCAAAUGCUCCUCCUUGGCCUUCCCCUGGAAGCUGUGGGGCAAGCUGGCCUGCCGGGGGCGCCGGCGGGGCAGCGCCAAGCAGUCUCGCUCCUCCCUCUCACCCGGCUCCCAGCCCGACGAUGACCUGAAAGGCUGCCCCCUGGAGGAGGAGGACUGCCAGGGCGGGGCCAAGCCGGGGCCCUGCCCCUUGCGCUUUCGGCCGCGCCCCUCGCCCCAAUUGGACUACCACCUGGGCGGAGCCUUUGCCCCCUCGCCCCCCCGUCUCAGCCUGCUGGGGGCGCUGACGGGCGAGGCGCCCGGCUCCUCCUCGUACCCGCAGUACGCCCAGCUGCAGCGGGCAGACGGCGCCAUGGAGGUGGGAGGGGAGGACGGUGCCCGGCUCCUGGCAGAGCGGUCGCCCCCCGGGAGCAGGAGAGAGGCAGCAACGCUGGACGGGGACCCAGGCCCCGCGGGCCCCCUGCCCAAUGGCUUCGCCUCCCUGGACGGCGACCUCGGCGGCCUGGCCUCCACCUGCUCGGACCCCAGCAUCGUCAUCAGCAACGUGUGCAGCAUCGGCGCGGCCCACGCGGUCGAGGAGUUCUUCCGGGCCAAGGACGGGCCCGGCGCCCCCCAGCGAGAGGCGCCCCCCGGGGAGAAGGUGGCGCAACACAGCCCCCUGCGGGAGGAACACGUCACUUGCGUGCAGAGUAUUCUGGAUGAGUUCCUUCAGGCCUACGGCAGCCUGAUCCCCGUCAGCACGGACGAGGUGGUGGAGAAGCUAGAAGACAUUUUCCAGCAAGAGUUUUCCACGCCACAGAGGUACCUGGGAGGGGCAGCCUGAUCCCAGUCCUACCAGCGCAUGCAAGGCAACGCCAUGGUGACUUCCGUGAAUUACAAGCGCCAUGUGCUGACCAUGGACGACCUGCAGACGCUUUAAAACGGCCCGAACUGGCUCAAUGACCAGGUCAUGAACAUGUACGGGGACCUUGUCAUGGAUACGGUGCCAGACAAGGUCCAUUUCUUCAACAGUUUUUUCUACGAUAAGCUACGAACCAAUGGGUACGAGGGGGUGAAACGCUGGACCAAAAAUGUGGACAUCUUCAACAAGGACCUGCUGCUCAUCCCCAUCCACCUGGAGGUGCACUGGUCCCUCGUCUCUGUGGACGUGAAGCAGAAGAGCAUCACGUACUUCGACUCGCAGCGAACACUCAACCGCCGCUGCCCCAAGCACAUCUGUAUGGUCCUCCAGGCUGAAGCAGACAGAAGGAUCGGCCGGGACUUCAGAGAGAUGCUGGAGGGGUCCUUUAAGAUGAACGUGGCCAGGCAGAACAACGACAGCGAUUGUGGGGCCUUCGUCCUGCAGUACUGCAAGUUCCUGGCCCUGGGCCGGGCAUUCACCUUCACCCAGCAGGACAUGCCGAAGCUACGGCGCCAGAUGUACAAGGAGCUUUGCCACUGCAAACUCAGCGUGUGAGUCGCGCACCCACAUGCCCACCUCUUCCCUUCCGGCUGCGGCCCACGCGGACACCGCCUCCUCCCCCCCCUGCUUCUGGGGGGUGGGGGGGGUGCAACCCGAACCCCGGAAGGAUGGGCCAUGGGAAGGGGCAUUAACUCUGUUGCAUUGGAACUGUUCAAACCGGGGUGAGGGAAGCAGCUAAUCCCAGCUCCCCCCGCCAACCAGACUUUUGGGGGACCUUUUUUUACUUUGGGGGGGCCUCCCCCUUUCCCCCUGGUUCUGUAUUAUUUUUUUCAUAUUUAAACCCAGUUUCCCUUGUUACAUUUUGGGGCGGGUGGGGGUGGGUGGCUCAUGGUAAAUACACCCUCUACCCCUGAAUUUUGGGGACACCGGCUUUGGGGAGAGGGGUGUCAC